AUGAAAUUUUUUAACACUUUUAUUGUGGCAUCUUUAAUGGUAGCCAUCUGUUUAAAGAGUUAUGUAGAUGCCGUAACCUAUUUACAAAUGGUACCAUAUGCCGAUCCAAAUUGUACAGAGUCUGAUGGAUCGUAUGGAGUUGGGUUCUCAUUCCAAGUAGGUCAAUGUAUGGGAGUUGGAGACUUGGCUCCAGGAGCACAAAAUAUCUAUGUAUCUGUAAACAACGAUGAAACCAUAGCAACCAUCUCGAGCUACAAAAACUACGAUCCAACAUGUGAAUAUAGAAAUCCAAAUGGUAACUCUACUUGGGUGGUUGGUGGAUGCUACCGUGCACCUGCCUAUGCUAACAUUGGCUACAAGGUGACCAAUAAUUUCGUUCGUGUCUCAAUCGUAGAUAACCCAUCCUAUGUCCCACUCUAUGGCUUCAAACAAGCAGUAUACUCUGAUAGACAAUGUUCAUCCGAUCCACAGUGGUACUAUUACUAUACAAAUGGUACAGUCUUCCACUGGGGAACUGAAUAUUCACAAACUUUUUAUUGUGAAGAAUAUACCAGUAUUGUAGUCACAUGUAAUGGUACUGCUUCACAACCAUCAUGCGCAUCAUAUAAUGUAAACCAAGGUUGUUCCCGUGAUGUUUGGAAUUUACAUGAACACAAUUACUACUUAAAUUCUUGCUAA